GCAGUGGCUUUACCAUGGCGGAGUUGAUCUCUUUCGUAGUUCCCACCCAGAGCGACAAAGUUUUGUUGGUGUGGGAGUUGAGCGCAGGUCCUCCAGCCGAGGCUUUAAGUCAUUCUCUGUUCACAGUGUUCUCCCAGUUUGGCCUUCUGUAUUCAGUCCGAGUCUUCCCGAACGCUGCAGUGGCCGGUCCUGGUUUCUACGCCAUCGUCAAGUUUUACUCCUCGAGGGACGCGCAGAGAGCCCAAAAGACAUGCGACGGAAAGCCCCUUUUUCAGACAUCACCAGUGAAGGUUCGUCUUGGCACCAGACAUAAGGCACUGCAACAUCAAGCCUUUGCCCUAAACAGCUCACGAUGCCAGGAACUGGCAAAUUACUACUUUGGCUUCAAUGGAUGGUCAAAAAGGAUCAUCAAGCUACAGGAGCUCUCUGGACUGGAGGAUGCAACUCUUGCUGUAUCCAUGCAGAAGCGGAACCCCCAGUUCUUUUGUGCUGUAGAGGUGGUGCUGCCGUCCUACGGGUGCAGGAGUCCUGGAGUUGGCAUCUCUGAGGAGCCUCAGCACCAGCUGGAGGAAGGACAGUCACCAUUUCUUACAAAGAGGAAGAGAGCCCAGAAGCUCGCCUUCCAGGCGGCUUUAUCAGAUGCCUUCCAGAAGCUGACCAUCCUGGUUCUAGAAAGUGGCAAGAUUGCUGUGGAGUACAGACCCACAGAAGAGGAUCUAGAUGCCAGAAGUGAAGAAGAACUGCAGAAUUUAAUCCAGGUCAGCUGCUUUCCUUCGAGUCAGCCCAGCCAAAGGGAGGAAGAAUGUCUCUCCGAUUUCAGCCUGGAGGAGGAAGACCUGAAGCUGUGUGGAGUGCACUAGUAGCUCUGACUCUGUCAGAGGAGCUGCUGUCUGACUGUGACAGGAAGUUCUGCCUUUCCAAUCAGUGGGCUGCUGGCAUCUGUGAACACCUAAGUGUGAAGCCUUAGAUCUUGUGGCUAUGUAGGAGAGUGCCUUGGGAGAGGUCUAAAGAAGCCCUGUCACUACGGUGGCAAAUGGUUCCCUAUACAGAAUGGAACUCUGUCCCAUCAUAAUAAAGGUAGCCUAACAAA